AUGUUCGAGCAAAAGGUCGAGGUCGAGGAGACCAACACGGCCACGGUCUACGACCAGAAGUUCAGCGAGUGGUACGCCGCGCCGGCCGACUCGUUGCAGUCCGAAAGAAUUCUUAUGGCACCGCACAUCCUCCUCGCGAUGCUGUGCCUCGCCGUCGCCGAGGAGCCGCGGCAACGCCUCGCGCCGCGACGCCGUGCGGCCUCCGCCGACGACCACUGCUUGGAGAUUUGCGCCUUCGCGAGCGGCGGCGCGACGUGCCUGGAGGCGCUGCCCUUCCAGGACGAGGGCUGCCCCUCGGACGCGCACAUCGUGGACAUGCCGGACUGCAGCGGCCCGCUCGGCCUCGGCGACCUCUGCGAAGCCGACGGCGAGUGCAAGACAAACAAGCGCAUCGACAACUGCGAGUACGUGGGCCUCCAGGUGGCCGACAUCUACCGCGUCGUCACCAAGCCGAGUCCCGCGCCGAGCGCCGUGCCCGCCGCCGCGCCGGCGGACUCGCCCGACCCGACGAACCGCGCGGCCGCCUCCGCCGACCAAUGCCUGGAGAUCUGCGCCUUCGCGAGCGGCGGCGCGACGUGCCUGGAGGCGCUGCCCUUCCAGGACGAGGGCUGCCCCUCGGACGCGCACAUCGUGGACAUGCCCGAUUGCAGCGGCCCGCUCGGCCUCGGCGACCUCUGCGAAGCCGACGGCGAGUGCAAGACGAACAAGCGCAUCGACAACUGCGAGUACGUGGGCCUCCAGGUGGCCGACAUCUACCGCGUCGUCACCAAGCCGAGCGCGUCGCCGAGUCCCGCGCCGAGCGCCGUGCCCGCCGCCGCGCCGACGGACUCGCCCGACCCGACGAAGUGCCCCUCGGUGGUGCCGACGGUUCGCAAGCGGCGCGCGUCGCGGCGGAGCCUCCUCUUCUUCGUGCUGCUCGUCAUGUUCGUCGCGUCCGUCGCCGGCCUCGUCCUGUGCUACCUGUGCCUCUUCUGCGUCGGCUGCUUCGUCGCCGGCGGGUCCCGCGGCAAGCGCGGCACCGACGACGUCACCGGCGCCUUCCGCGACGACGUCGCCGCGGCCCAGGAGCUGCCCGCGGUCGGCGCGUACGAGGCGCCCGUGGCGUCGCCGCUCGGCGAGGAUCGGGAACGGUCCCUCGAGCGCUUCAUAAAGCAGCCCAACUGCGAGAUGGCAGCCGACAAACCCGACGCAACAAAAAAGGCCGACGCGUUGGCCGCCGCGGUGGCGAAGGAAGUGCGGGCGAACGCGCCGGCCAUCGAGGACUGCUUCCGCGCGGAGCUGGCGCGCACGCGCGGCAACGCGUCCUUCGGCGAGGGCGACCUCGCCGGCGCGCUGCGCGACUGGACCGAGGCCGUGCGGCUGAGCGGCGACCUACCCGGCGCGGCGGCGGAGUCCAAGGCGCGCGCGCUGGGCAACCUGUCCAUGCUCAAGCUGUCCUACUUCGCCGACGUCCGCGGCGCCGUCGACGACGCGGCCGCGAGCGCGGAGGCGGACCCGACGUACGCCAAGGCGUACGCGCGGCACGCGGCGGCGCUGCGCUGCGCGCUCGGCGACGGCGCGCCGGAGAUCCUGCGCGCCUUCCAGGCCGCGGACGGAUUGCGGCUGCCGCCGCGCGAGGAGAAGGUGCUGAAGCGGCAGCGGCUCGAGUGCAAGCACCGGCGGAAGGCCUACGAGGCGCAGGUCCAGGAGCUCGCGGAGCGGCCCGUGGCGCCCGGCGGCGCGCCCCUCGACGCGCACAUCGCCGCGAAGCUCGACGAGCACGCGCGCGCCGCCUCCGCGGCCGUCGGCGAGCCGUCGGCGCGCGGCCUCCCCGAGGCCGCCGGCCGCCGCGUGCUCGCCUGCCUCGACUGGCGGCGCGCGGCGCCGCCGCGGGUGUUGGACGCCGCGGCCCGCGCGGCCCUCGCGGCCGACGCCGUGGCCUUUGGCGCCACCUGCCGCGCGGCGCGGCGCGCGGCGGACGCGGGGCUCGCGGCCGCGCUCGCGCCGCGGCUGACGUGGCGCGCGCUGGCGACGGCGCCCGACGGCGCGCUCGACGACCUGCGGCGCGUCGAGUGCGCCGACGACGACGGCGCCCUCGUCGCCGCGUGCCUCGUGCGCUGCCCGCGCGUCGCCGAGGUCGCGCUCCGCGGGACCUUGGCCUUUCCCGUCGACGCCGCGCUCGGCGCCUGCGGGUCGCGCCUGACGUCGCUCCGCCUCGACGACGUCUCCGCGCCCGACGGCUUCUGGCGCGCCGCGCUCCGGGGCUGCCCGCUGCUCUACGCGGUCGACGCGAAGCCCGUGCGCGGCGCGGACGAGCUCUGCGAGGCCCUCGGCAAGGAGUGCGGCCUCCUGCGGGACCUGGAGCUGCGCGCGGCCUUCGGCGUCGACGUGGCGGCGGGCAAGGCCCUCGCCGCCGGCUGCCCGAACCUGCGCCGCGUCGCCGUCCGCGGCGGGCCGACGGUCGACAACUACGCGCUCGAGCCCCUGCUCCGCAAGUGCCUCCGCCUCGAGGCGCUCGCGCUCGCGGACUGCAGCGCCGUCGACGACGAGCUCCUCCUCGACGUCGCCGACGUCGCCGCCGACCUGCCCCUGGCCCUCGCGGACCUGUCGCUCCACCGGACGAGCUGCACGCGGGCCGGCGUCGACGCGCUCCGCGACGCGCUCGCCAAGGACGAGCACAACACCGCGCUGCGGAUCGACUUCGACGGCCCGCCGGCGGACGACGCUCCGCCUCCCGUGGAAUCUCCGCUAACUUAG